UCUUUUUUCUAUUUUCAUUUUAAUCCUUGUUUGUAAAUACUUGUCAAAGUUCUAAUUUUAGAUCAUACUAGAAUUACGCCUUGCAUAUUUUUGUUGCAAAAAUAAAAAGAAAAACAUUAAUCAAAUCCGAAUAAUGGAGCAACCACCUUUUAUUGGCGAUUGGGUGAGGAAAAUUAAAUUAGGUUGCGGCGGUUUUGGCAUUGUUACACUUUGGCAAAAUGAUAAAAUACCUGAUAGUUUAGCUAUCAAAAUGUGUCGACCAGAUAUUGCAAAUCGAAUUACCCCAAAACAGCGUGAAAGAUGGACAAAAGAAGUGCAUAUUAUGAAAAGUAUAAGUCAUCCAAAUAUUGUACACACAAAACGUAUUCCACAAAUAUUAUUUGAAGCCUUAAAAGAAUAUAAUAUAUCAGAAUUACCUAUUCUGUCAAUGGAAUAUUGCAGCAAGGGUAGUUUACGCCACGUACUUAAUCAGACUGAAAAUUGCAGUGGUUUAUCUGAAUCAGAAGUUCGAUACAUAUUUGAAGAUAUAUCAAGUGCUAUUGCAUAUUUGCAUAACAUGAAAAUCACUCAUAGAGAUUUAAAACCGGAUAAUAUUGUAUUACAAACACUUGAUUCAUCUCUACAAACACAGCCACAAUUUAAUAACAGAACUAACAAAGUUGUGUAUAAACUAAUAGAUUUGGGAUAUGCUAAAGAAUUAGACGAAAAAAGUAUAUCAGAGAGUUUUGUUGGAACUUUGCAGUAUUUAGCACCAGAAAUAUUGCUUAACAAAAGCUACAGUAACUCUGUUGAUUAUUGGUCUUUUGGACUAGUUGCUUUUGAAAUCAUUUGCGGUGUACGACCAUUUUUGCCAAAUAUGUCUCCAGCACAAUGGUUACUACAAAUACAAAAGAAAAAUAGUGACACAAUUUGUAUAUAUCAAGAUAUAGACGAAAAUAAAUCAAUAAUUCAUUGUGAUAAAAUUUAUGCAGAAAAUUUUAUAUCCGGUGCAUUGCAAUCUAAAUUCGAAAAAUGGUUUAAGCUUGCAUUAGAGUACGAUAGUAAACAAAGAGGAUAUGAAAAAAUGAAGCCAGGAUCUCAGAGCAACAGCAUAUUAGAAAAGAAAUGUGUAACAUUUAAUGAUAUUGAAAUUGAUCGAAUUAAUAGGGAAACAAAGUUUUUCACAUUAUUAAACACAGCACUCAGAACAAAGAUUAUAACUGUUUUUGUUGUAUACACUUAUCAAAUAUUAAGUUAUGAAAUUGAGGAAACGCUCACAAUGAAUAGCUUCCUACAACAAAUUCAAAAUGAUACUACUAAUGAAGUUUUAGUCAGUGAAAUGAUUUUAGUACUGCCAAAUCGAGAACAGGAAAAGAUUGAUUAUGAUGGCUUUGCAAAUCAACUAUGGACAAACAAUUUUGAUACUCCAAUGGUACAUAUUGGAAGAAAGGGCAAAUAA